AUGGAUAACCGGCAGGGUGAACACAACGAGGGAUAUUCAUCGGAUUUUGACAAAACAAAACCAGAGCAUUCAAUCCUCGAUAACAGUCACCCUUCAUCAAUAGCCACAAUCAAACCACCUCCGGGGAGGCGACGCGUCCCAAGGUACCGUGAGGAAGGAGAUAAUGUGGGAGGAGAACGAGGAUGUUGUGUGAAAUGCAUGUGUUGUUGCUUCUGCCUUUGGCUUCUCAUCAUCCUCUCCCUCGUUGGAAUCCUUGUCAUGCUCUAUUCAAUCCUCCAGCCCCGACCACCAUCCUUCAACAUUCAAUAUUUUCAAGUCAAUGCCUUUAACCUCCGCCCUAACUUUGGCAACACAACCCUAACCACAGAAUUCUUUCUGACACUAAAAUCCCAAAACCCGAACAAAGGGAUUGGGUUCUUCUACGGGAGAGGAAGCUCUGUUUCCAUGUUGUACAAUGGCACCACCAUUAUUUCGUCAGGAAAGCUUCCUACUUUUCAGCAGACCGCAGAAAGCACCAACUUGAUGAAUGUUACCUUGGACGGGAUGAGUAAUUUUGAAUCGGAGCUUCAGGAUAGUUUGGCAGAGAAUGAGAAGGGAGGAAGGAUUCCUUUGCUUGUGAUGGUAAAUUCCCCUGCUGCCGUUGUGCUUCGGUCAUUUCCCUUGAGGGAGAUCGCAGUUUUUGUCAAUGGUUCUUUGGUGGUUGAUAGCUUGAUCCCUGGUAGGAACCCCAAGAUCUUGUCAUCCCAGUAUGUGUGUAGUGUUGGGUUGUAA